AUGGAAUCUGUAUGGAAACGAAGGUGGUAUCUUCAGCUGGGCUGUAUAUUGAUACUGAAUUUGGUUUAUGCCAAUCUAGACUACCAAAAAGAAACUCCUCCAAGCCUGGGUCAGAUUGACCAUCAGUGCUGGGAGGUGUCGUCCCAUGAGUUGGUGGAAAUGAAGAAACUCAAGGUAGCGGAUACGGUCAUUGCUCUCUGGGACUUCAUGAUGUUCCUAAAGGAAUCCCCUAAGCCCAAGCACAAUGACCUCUUCAAUGAUCUAGCUCAGAACUUCUGGGACAUGUAUGUAGACUGUGUGCUCUCAAGAUCUCAUGGAAUGGGCAGAAGACAAUUAACUCCCAGAUUUUCUUCCACGUACUCACAUAGAACUUUAGAAGGAUCUGCUUUUACCAACCCAUUUUAG